GGUUGCAAAUAACGCCAGAGCAAGCGAUUUUCUCGCAAUCGGCUUGGGAUGGACGUAAAAUAUUGGAAAGUUUAAUUAUUUAUACUCAGAAUUAGAAAACAACUUUAUAUCGCCUGGGAAAAGAUACGGUGUACAUCCCUGAAAUAUUAAAAGGAAUAGUAGAGCCUGGCCCAUCUUACAGGCGGGGCCUGCCAACCAAUCAGAGAGAGGGAGGAAGAACGCCACCAAACUACACUUCCCAGACGGCCUGCCGGCGCAGUAUUGCCUGAAUUGCAAGAUGUCUCCCUUAAACAGAAUGGUAACAUAUGUGAAAACUGCAUGGGGCAAGGAACCAGUGAUCGUAAGCUCCCUAGUCAUUGCAAUUGUGGCUGCAGCACUGCCAUGGGUGAGCCCCUAUACCCGUUAUUCCACUUUAAUGAACGAGCGUAUGCCAUAUCACUACCCAGUGCCAGUUCGAGAUGAUGGUAAUAUGCAAGAUAUUCCCGCUCAUCCCUGUGACAAGGAAGGUGAUCAACUCGACUGGCUGAAGAAAUGAAAAUUUGCAGAGUGUAAAUCUCCCCAAAAGUUUCCCCUGCCUUGGUUGUACAUGUGUGUUGUUCCCAGGGGCAAUAAAUUUCCUGUUCUUAUCUAAAA